UGUGGCACAGUGGUUACACUGAAUGGUUAAAACUAAGAUUCAUAUCCCCAAGAAGCUGCAGUGCUAGAUGGAUAUCCUUGAGCCAGGCUACGAAUUUAAUAUCUUACCUAUCCUGACCUGAGAGCCCUGCGGAGCAGACAGAUGGAUCACCCAGUCCCUCAUCCUCACUAUAUGACAAAAAUGUCAGCACCGUCAAUGAAGGAAAGGAAAGUGUGCUGGGAAACCCGGGAUGAAUAUUGGAAGUGCUUAGAUGAAAAUAUGGAAGACACAUCUAAGUGUGAGAAGUUUAGGUGCUCUUUUGUAAACGCAUGUCCUCAGCAGUGGGUUAAAUACUUUGAUAGAAGAAGAGAUUAUUUAAAAUAUAAAGCACAGUUGGAAGCAGGAGAUUUUCAGCCUUCAGAGACAACCAAGACAUCAUAGUUAUUUGCCCAUUUUUACGAAGAUGAUCGCCACAAAGGUUACAGAAGAACCAGUACCAGCGUGAAACCUAAAAUGUCAACAACAGUAAAGGACAAUGACAGUUUCUACCUAAAGAGCAUGCCAGUGUGUUUACCUGGCAUUGGUGUGAAAGCUCUAGCUCACCUGUUCUGGGAAGUGCUUGCUGAAGGGACGGGCCACUCACCAUGUUGAAACUGAAAAUUUGCCACUUCCAAUAAAGCACAACAGGUGUGCUGAUUCAACUGAA